UUAAGUCGCAAACAACAGCAUUUCAACACAACUCAUUAUUUUAUUCCAAAGCCACCUCUUCUAUCUCUCACAAAUCCUCAUUUGAGCCUUACCUUCCAUUAAUAAUUAAGACUAGCUCAUAAGUGCUUUUAUAGAAGAAGAGUUAGCUAGCCUCCAUAGAUGGAUCAAAAUCAAAAUCAAAGCGAGGAUCAGAUUCAUAAGAAAUUCAACAAGAAACACUUUUUGAAAAGAACAUUACAGCUUUUUUUCUCAGUGUCUGUGUUUUCUAUCAUAGUUUGGUACUCUUCUGGCUUUUCCAUACACCCUCAGUCCUUCAAUGCCUACUUCUCCACGUGCCUUUUCUCCAUGUUCACUCACACCCUUGAAAGAAAAUACAUGUUUCUCAUUUGCAAUGGAAUCCUUGCAUUUUUAGCCAAAAGCUCACUCCAAUCUGUAUCGGAUUCUGACUUUUAUCAGCUUCAAGCUUCCAAUCUGUCGGAGACAAAGGCACCGGUUUCUGACACGGUUGUUGUCUCUCUGGGAAGUUCUGAGUCCCAAGAGAAUGUUCCUCUUAUGGACGAAGCACAAGCUAAAUGGCAAGAGGAAUACAGUGAAGAAUAUUCAGAAGCUGAAGAUCAAGAAGAAAGCACCAAAAGUGAAGGAAAAGAAAGUGAAGUUUACAUUGCAGAAGAAGAGGAUGAAGAAGGAGAAAUAGAAAGUGAGGUGGAGGUGGCACAAGAUGAUGAACUAGAAGAAUCAAUAAUAACAAGUAACGAGGAGUUAGUAAAUACAGAUGAACUGAACAAAAAGUUUGAAGAGUUCAUAAGGAAAAUGAAAGAGGAAAUAAGAAUUGAAGCUCAAAGACAACUUAUUGCAGUUUAGUACAUCUUAAUUAAUCAAAAGAUGACAAGAAAUAAAGUGCUUUAGUCUGUUUCAAAUGAGUAGAGUCAUAUGGUUCUGUUUACUUCAAUUUCGUCCCUUUUGUUUGGAUAUGUAGAGCUAUUCCA